UACAAAACCCUAUAAAAUCUGCAUCGGAGACUUUCUAGGUUUGCUAAAAAGUCUCUUUUCCUCUCAUGGAUUCUUCUUCUUCUUCAAGAAGUGGUAGAUCCAAUGAACGUGUUCUUCGUUCUCUCUCAACAACAGCUUCUAGUAAGUUCUGUUAUUACUCCGCAACAACAUCAAACGCACCGUUUCGAUCGACUUCGAAUUCGAGUUCUGGUAAAUUUUCAUCAUCACCGUCGUCGUCGACCUACUUCAACCAACACCGGUCGACUUCACCGACACGUGUCAAUCUAGGUAAAGGCGCCUCAACCGCUCUCUCUUCCAGCGUCCGGUUCGCGAUCGACAACCGGUCUGGUUCACCCAACCGGACCGCUUCCAGCCACGUCAUCACCAGCAACAACAACCGCCAUCAACAUAACCACGGCCACCACACGAUCCAGAAGAGAACGUGUAUGUGCUCGCCGACGAAUCAUCCCGGUUCGUUCCGGUGCAGUCUCCACAAGAACUCCGGCAACGGAAACAACAACAGCAAUCAGAGCACCGAUUCGUAUCUGCCGAAUCGGCUUAACAUGCGGCGGUCGGCGAUGAAGAAUUCGCUGGUGAGGAUCGGUGGAGUGGAAGGGGACUGGGUGAAACGAGCGCUGACUGCUUUGAUUCGGCCGUCGUCGCACCAGCAGAGGAGGAGAGCGGCGUUUUCUCCGAGACCGAGUCGGCUCUCUGUCAUGUCAUGUGCCGCGGAGGAAGAUCUCUGAAUUCUUUAUUCAUUUUUGUUACAGGUGGUGGUUUCCGCUUGCAGUUAGGUCCUGAUGGUGCUUACUCCGGCGGCGAUAUCGCCGGAAGCUAUGGAAGAUUCCGACGUCGAUCUGUGACACCGGACUCACUCGGGGAAAUUUUUUUGUACAUGACAUUUGUUAUGGAACUAUGGAAGUAGUUUUAUGAAAUUUUUUUAUUUUUUUAAAAAUUAAACUAAAAUUAAAGUAGAAAACAAUAAGCCUUCAAAAUUUAAAUAUUAAUCUCAGGUUUAAUUUGUGAAAUUAUUGUCUAAUUGCAUAAUUCAAAUUUCUAAACUUGAGAAUCAA